CUAAUAUCAUCAUUUCAAAACAGUGAAAAUGUACUCAACAUUUUUCUUUACUCUGCUAAUUUCUGCCGCAUUUGGCAAACAAGUGUUGGUGCAAAACGAGAAAAACGUAGCCUUGACCCUUUCAGUAAGUAAUCAGGACGACCAAAAAGUGCUUCCACACAGCUUGGUCAAUCUGACUCUUCCGGAAGAAUGGCAAGGAGGGAUAUCAGCCUGUGCUGAAAUCUGUGAUGGACCAAGAACUCUGGUCGAAUUGACAUUGUCUGCUAAUGGUGAUUUCUACGACGUGUCUUUAAUAAACGGUUUCAAUGUUCCCAUAAAGGUAAUCCCAAUCGAAAGGCAAAACUGCAGGGCUGCAAUAUGCGGUGCUAACAUCAAUAAGGUCUGUCCUGAAGAAAAUCAAGUUACAAAUUCUUUGGGGGAAGUCGAAGCCUGUAAACAUUCACCGCUCAUAUUCCAGACUUUGUGCCCCAGAGCCGUGAUCUCCCCCGAAGACAACACCAACGUGCUAACUUGUAAUGCCACCUCUUACAGGAUUGUAAUCUAUUAGUUUAGUUAAUAAAAUGUUUUUAUAAUGAUUGAA